AUGGCGCUACCCGCCAUUAAAGAGGACGCCAAAAUGCAGAGUAAAGUCUACGAUGUUGUCGUAUCUCCCGUACCUGACACUGCAUCACUAAAUUGUACUUCCGUGCUGUCUCAACGGUCCAAUUCGUUUGUCGUCGCUGUUUUUAAAAAACCCAUUAAACCCAAAUUUGUGAGGAAUUCUCCAACUAAUAACCUUACAUUAUCAUGGAAAUCGUGGACCCACGAGCAAAAAACCCAGGACGAUGAGCACAAAGAGGACGAUUUUGUGCCAAUGCGUCGUCGAUUCCAUAGCUCGGACAUUAUUAUACGCCCUAGUGGCAAAAUGAUGACGAAAAAAACCAGUCGAUUUUUUGAGUUUGGAGACAUUCGAGAUGGAAACAAAAAACACAAAUGCGGGUUAAAUGCUCGAUGCAGGGAUAUUGGAGAAGUAAACGAGGAUGAUGAGCCAGUUGCUGAACCUGAUCAUCUUGCACUGAGACGGAGAACGCGUUCGGAGAAUUUUACGACAAGUGCAGCAUUUUCAUGGUUUAAUUUCCACAAACUCGACUCUUUCUACCAUGUCGAUGAUUUAAAGAGCUUUGAUGAUCAAGAGAGGUGGAAAGUGAAGCAGGGUGUGAUGAAGGAACGACAGCAGACAAGUAAAAAUGCUCGAGAUCAAUUGCCGGUGGAAUUUCAAGAAGAUUUGGAGAAGAAGGUCUUUGCAGAAGAUGUGGCAGAAGGUCGAUGUAUGGAUGAUCACUUUGAUGGUGUGUGGUCAUCGCAGUCUUUAGCAAUACAGCAAGCUGGGGUUUCUAGUAAAGACGGACGGAGAUCAGAGUCUGGAUCAUGGUAUUCGGUUAAAAGUGAUGAGGAGAAUUUGGAAAAACUACGCAAUUUGCAAAAACUGUAUCAGGAAGGGUUUAUCACGAUUACGGAGUACAAGGACCGUCGUGCACAGCUAGUGGGCGAGUUGAGCGAAGUGGAUCAAACAAUAGCAAAGACGUCGGAUUUACUGUCAUUGGAGCUACCCAUAGUCUACCGAGAACCACCUGACUUUUCUCUCUUGCGCGAACGUGAUGCCAUUAAACACGUGUUCGACUCGGAGCAACGCACGUGGACUACGUCGCGAAUCAAAAUAAAGAUUGAUGCGGAGCCGUUUGCUAAUGGCGGUCUUCGUCAAGUGUUCCAUCUCCAGGACCUUAGUAUACCACCCCCUACUACGAGUGUAGGCGGCAUUUAUGAGGAUAGUGUGAUAGCAAAGUGUACUAGUCACGUUGCUAAAAUCGCGAUUGAUCCGAACGAAAACCCGGACACGUACUUCAAAGACGUAGAAAUGCAAGCUGUGGCUGCUAAGUACGCCAAGCUGUACAACUCAUACAACCCGCCACGUCGGGUUGAGUUCUUAGAGGCAUGUAUUCUUCAGUUGAUUCCUGCCGGCGCUAGUGAAGCUGGAGACCAGACCGUUGAAAACCUAACGCUUAGCGGUACAAUUUGCGGUGUGGAACCGUUCAUUGCUGGCGAGUACCACAAACACAACAAUAACUUCGGCUACGUGAGCGAACUGGAACGCAACACACCGCAGGCAUUUUCACAUUUCACCUACGAAGCGUCGGGACAACAGAUUAUUGUAGUCGAUAUUCAGGGAGUUGGUGACCACUAUACAGACCCUCAAAUUCACUCAAGACGCGGAAAGGAAUUUGGAAAAGGCAACUUGGCGCUGCGAGGUUUUGCGCGAUUCUUGGGCUCACACCGCUGCAACCCAAUUUGUCGAUACCUGAAACUUCCUUUAGUUAACCCAAAGGACGAAGAGAACAGACAGGUAGACUUGAAGGGCACGAUACCAGCGCAGACGUACAUGAGCCAGACGCGCGUUGCAGUAGACCAAGUUGAUGCAGUCUUGUGUCAUUACUAUGGCAAUUCGAGGGUUUUUAAGAGAUAUGCUGCUGCGAAGACGAAACGCGAGAAAAAGAAGCGUGGAAUACAGAAGCGAAAGAGUCACAGUCGGCCAGGUCACGACGAGAAGUGGCAAAGAAACAAGUUUGAUACAGCAGCUGAAGAUGAUUGUAGUGAAGGUGAAAGUAUUGAAUGUGGUGUUGGGGGACAACAGGCUGGCAACAGGUUUGCGGCUGCUUUGGUUGACCAACAGCGAUCAUGUUCUUCGUUCGUUUGCAACGGCUUCUUGCAGUGUAUCGUGUCGUAG